AUGGCACAUUCCUUGAGUUUGGUCUCUACAGGCCUCCAUAAAUUUGGAUUGAGUCCUCAAAACAGAGUAUCACAUAGGAAAUAUGGAGUUUUUACUUUGAGACCCUCACCAGGGUUUCUUCGUGUUCGGGCUGUGCAGGAGACUGGAGGGUCUCGGAGACUAGUUGAUAUCAUCAGAAAUGUGCCAGAGCUCUCAAGGAACUAUUUUCGAAGUCCAUCUCGUAGGGCUCUCUUUGGGGGAAUCUCUUUGUUGGGUGGCUUUUAUGUUGCACAAACGAUAUCUCUGUCAUUUGGAGCUUUAGGAGUCAACGACGUUAUUGCUUCAGUAGUGUGUGUUCUCCUGACAGAGUAUGUGACCAAAUUUUAUUACAGUCGACCAAAAGUAACAUUCCCUGUUGCUCUUCUCAACAACUUCAAAAUGGGAUUCACUUACGGUUUGUUCAUUGAUGCUUUUAAGCUUGCCAGUUAA